AUGAGUUAGGCUCUCAGACCCCACCUCUAACACACUGAAAAGACGCCACAUCACCCGCCCCUCGAAGGAGGUUUGGACGAACGCAUGUGGGUCGGCGGUUCGUUCGCCUUCCCUCGGGGAUAUCAGACCCCCAACUCCGGUCAAGGAAUUCGGCUCGGUUCCGAGAUCGAAUGCACGGCCAAGGUUUUGGAUGUGAAGAAGAAGAUGGGGAAAGAUGGGAGGCCGGGUUAUUAUGUGCAGGUUCAGAGGGAGAUUAGGGAACGAGGGGACGUGACCAGCUCCGAGGCGACAGGGAAGGUCGCGGUCAAGGAGACGAGGGUGCACAUCUAUCGACCUUCCAUGACCGACGAGCAACGCCAAAAAGUGAUGGAAGCCAACUCCUCCCCAUCACUCAAGAAACUCGACGCUCGUCGCCACGAGGUGGAUUUUGUCAUGCCAUUCCUCCCCACGCCGAAAAUGUUGAUGAGGUUCUCCGCGUUGACCUUCAAUACCCAUCGCAUUCACUGGGACGAACGCUACUGCAAGGAGGUCGAAGGAAGAGAAGGCCUGAUCGUCCAUGGUCCAUUGACGGCCUUGUUGUUGCUCAAUACGUUCCGGCAUAAUCUGCCCCGAGGCGAAUGGGAAGGGGUCAAGGAUUUCACGUACCGUAACACGGCGCCUUUGGUCGUCGACCGCAAGGUCGCGUUUUGUGGCAAGUGGAAGGGGGAGGAAUGCGAGUUGUGGGUCGAGCAAGAGGAUGGGCUGGUCGUUAUGACGGGUGUAGGGAGAAGGUGGAAGAAGGGGGAGAAGUAG